UUUGCUUUGGCGGUGAACACGAAGAGAUAAUCGUAAUGGCCCGAGAACAGACAGAAAAUCUCAAUCUUGCGAUACGAUUGACACAAAAACUGAGAUCUAGCGUAUCUCAAGUUUUCCAAGAUCUUGCUGACGGCUUUGAAAAUCAAAAUGCAUUCGGACCACAAGAAAGCGAGCCCGGGACCGGUGUGUCUGCAUCUUGUUCGUUGAAUAAUUUGCAGAAAUCUCUGAAGUUGGUCAAUAAUAACUAUAGUGAACUGGAUAAAGUUGCAUCAACGCUUUCAACAUCCGUCUACACAGCAAACACUGGGCACAUCUGUGUUGAUCCUGUUGUUGACAAGAUGCCAGUCUAUUCUCAGAUCCUGCACUCAUACAAGUGGACUAACAAAAUGCAUGAACAUUCCGAGAAAGCCGUGUCGAUCCUCCAGCAGAACUCGUUGAAGCGGUCCAGCCUGUCACCAUACAGAAUGAGCCGAGUGAAAGGACGAUCUGUGUUGCUACCAUCAGCAUACCCACCCAGCAAGGUGGAUACUUUUAUUGCACAACUCGACCGUCAGUUCCAAGACAUCCAGUUCAACGUGACUCGUCCUCUUGGCAGCUGUGCAGUGGUACAGGUAACCCUGGGCCGAACUAUGAAGGUGUUGCUUGUGUUCAGGGGUUUGAUGAUAGAGUGGGUCAAAGUGAAAGGCUACCAAGAAGACUUCCUUACAGAAGAUGGAAAGAUAGAUAUCUGGUCAAAUUCACGGUUUCAAGUCUUCCGAAAGAUUACCGACCAUGCAACAGCAGCGACAUUGCACUUCUACCACAUCAUGCCAGAGAUUAGUAUCCAGUCCUUCAUAAUAUGGUUGCAGGGAUAUAAAAAUCUGUUUUCUGCUCCAUGUCAUAAAUGUGGUAAACACCUACAAGGUGCACUACUCCCAACGUGGCGUGAUUUGCGGACCCGGGACCCGUACCAUGAGAGUUGUAGACACUGAUUGACAUCAGCAUGGUGCAAUACCGAUUCACAAACACUGACACAAGAUCGGAAUACCACACUGUUGGUUGGCUUGGUUUAUCAAAGCUUAACCAGUGAAUUCUCCCUUCCCAGAAGACAGAGAGAAAAAGUUCGAUAAAAAUGGGUGAAGCUACAUGUUUGCAGUCACUGAUCCUGGAUUGAAAAAGUACGAGAAGUGACAUCUCCCUUCCCAAAAGAAAGACGAGAAGUUCGAUAAAAAUAGCAAAGUGAACCAUCGAUUGGUUAAGAUAUUAUUUUAUUAUAUAAAUAAGCCAAAAUAUGUUUUCAUUUUUACAGUGAAGGUAAAGCAUUAUCGGUAUAUUUUGUAGUGUUUAACCAGAUUCUACCUUUAUUAGGAAGGUCCAGAAUUGUACACUCAGGCUGAAUCGUAAUAUUUGAUUGUUAAAAUGUAAAAGUAAAAUGUGGGGGUGUUUUAGUGACAAAUAUUUCAGUGUCAUCAUCAUAUUAAUAUAAAAGUAGUAAUAUCUGGGUCAUAUUUAGUACCCACUAAAUUCCCCUGGAAAAACAACUGCUUGAAGUUUUUUGACCAUUUUAUUGAUUGCUUGUCGCUUCUUUUGAACGCCAUGAAUUAACAGUUUGAUUUGCUCUGAGUAUCAUUCUCAAUUGUUCAUAUAUAACUCCAUUAGCCUGACACAGUGGGUUAUGUAACCCUGUCCAUAGGUAAAAAUAUCUUAUACUAGCUAAAUAGACAAUAACUAGACUGAAUGAGAAAUUCUGCUUGGCAGUCUUGCAGAAUUUCCCAUUCUUAUCUUCGUAGGAUAAAGCCGAUAUCCGACAUCAUUAACUAGUUAUUAUCUUUAUCCUGCUAUCAUUUCUGUUAUUUCAGCCACAGUGUACGAUGACCUAGAGGUCAAAUGGACGAUUUUGUCAUGUAGCUAUGAGUGUGAUGUCACACGAGUAAGGUCAAAAAUCAUAUCCUGCAUAUACAGGUACGACUGCCGUAUCCGUCAUCAUAUUUUGUCAGUAGAAACAGUGGUUGCAGGAUAAAUACAAUUUAAUGGUAAGGUGCUAUAUAUUUAGAACAUAAUGGCAGUAUAUUAGAAUCUUCUUUCAGAAAAGUACCAGUUCCAUAACAGUGCUGUGGGGUUAAUUCCAAAUAGUCAUGGUCCAGUGCUACUGCGUAACUGUUGGCAGGUGAGAUCAAUUGCAAAAUGGGCAUUUUUGAAAUCCCUGAAAAAUUUAAGCCAUGGUUCCAAAAAAAUUAUCACUGUACCCAAUGUUGUUUCUCAAGUUAGCUGGCCGAAGAUCAAAAUCUGUGUUUGUAAACUCAUCGUCCCAAGGUAAAUUCAUUUGCUUGGCAUUCGGUGGACUGCCUCCAAACUUUUUACAGUGGUGGAAUGUCUGCAAUUUUUGAGUGCAUUUUUCACACUGAAUUUCCGUGAUACCAUAGUCACUACUCAAGGCCAUAUCUGCCAUAUAGGUAACACCUUUUGUCAUUUCCGCAUGGCAAUAACUCUUGACAAAGAAUUUAUCUCCAUCCUUGCCAACAUGGAGGAAGAUAAUAAUUUUUUCACUAUAGAAUGUCUUUACUGUGUCGAUAUCCAAUUCUUUGUCAAACUGUUGCAAAUAAUGUUUUACAGGCAUCGGUAGGCUCUUCCACGCUUCAGGUGGUACCUUUACUUCGGCUUGCAUUUGGAAAGAGCUGCAUGCUCAUACUUUAAACCAUGUACAAGAGACGGUGCCUUAACACUUGUAACAGUCACCAUCGACUUUGCCAGUUUAUGUUUAUCUGUGCGGUUGGUCGUUUUGCAUAUCCUGCUGAAGUUUGAAGUUUGACAAUGUAUGAUGUUUGGUCCACUCAUCUGCCCAAAGUGGAUUUUUCCCCUGACCACAGGUUUGUUUCUCAAUAUUUUUAAUUUCUUCUUCUGUGAUUUCAGUCACAAAGAUUGCCUCCAAAUAACAGUCCUGUGGGGUUAAUUCCAAAUAGUCAUGGUCUAGUGCUACUGCAUAACUGUUGGCAGGUGGGAUCAAUUGAAAAAUGGGCAUUUUUUAAAUCCCUAAAAAAUUUAAGCGAUGGUUCCAAAAAAAAAUCACAGUACCCAGGGUUGUUUCUCAAGUUAGCUGGUCGAGGAUCAAAAUCCAUGUUUGUAAACUCAUCAUCCUGAGGUAAAUUCAUUUGCUUGGCAUUUCUUGGACUGCCUACAAACGUUUUACAGUGGUAGAAUAUAUGCAAUUUUUUAGUAUGCCUACAUUUUUCCUCAGUGAUAAUAGUUUUUGUUGAACAAAAGAUGUUUACAGCAUACACCACUGUGCACACAUGUUUACAAUGGGCAUUUGGGCCCAUGCUAGCUGCACACUUGCACUGAGUUUCGAUGAUAUCACCAUCACUACUCAAGGCCAUAUCUAUCAUAUAGGUAACACCUUUUGUCAUUUCUGCAUGGCAACAGCUCUUGACAAAGAAUUUAUCUCCAUCCUUGCCUACAUGGAGGAAGAUAAUAAUUUUUUCACUAUAGAAUGUCUUUACUGUUUCAAUAUCCAAUUCUUUGUCAAACUGAUGCAAAUAAUGAUUUACAGUGUCUAUUGUUAAAUAACAAAAUUGUGUAUCUGAAUUAAUAUCUCUGAAGCAAACUGAAUCUGGAAUCAGCAUAUAAGAGUCUGGUCCACAAACAUCCGUCUGGCCAAAGUUUUUGUUUCGUUCAUAUGCCAUGAAGUCUGAACCGAAAUCAAAACAAAUUUUUAAAAAUGUUUUUAUCAAGGUCAUAGAACUUUCAUUAGACCAAACAAAAUAAUAGUAGUGGUUCCGAUUACCUGACCAUCCCUAGAAAAAUCAUACGCAAAAAAAAUUAAUUGCUGACUGAGAGUCUAAAUUGAUAUCACCAACAAGCAGAUUAGUUCUUUGUUUAAAUUUUGCAAAAUAUUUAAUAUUCAACAUGAUUUCUUGACAAACUCUAGAACCGGCAUGUACUGCCACCAUGUGGUGAAUCAAGGGAAGAUAACUCACUACUUCCCCUCAUUGAAUCACAUAGUCAAGUGCAUUCAACUGCUUUAAUACAACAGCCAGACCACUAUAAGACAUCUAAAGUUUUGGGCAAAUUCUUUCUCUUCUAUAUUCAUGUAUAUGUCGCUGCAUACAAAGGGAUAAUUUGUUAUGUAGCAAUAACUUCAAUUAGGUUUUUUGCUAUAAAAUUAAAUUAAACUGAAUUUUAAUUAUCCUGCUGUCUUCAAGUAUUGAAAAUAGUUUUUCAAAAAUGAAGAUGAAAACUGCACGCAAAACUCCUUUGUUUUUGGUUUAACUUGUAUCUUCCUUGUUCUUUGUAAUGGCUUAUAAGUAAUAAUUUUCUUUGCCUGCUGCCUUUUUACUGGUGGAUUCAAAUUGGGGAUUGGAUUCUUCUUCUUCUGUGUUCAAGCUAUAUUAGAGCUUGGUGCAUGUACAAACAUUUCGAAUUGGAUUCAAAUCAGGGAGAGUUUUCUCAACCAAUGUUGCUUGACUCUGAAUAAAAGUAUCACGUACUAUAUGUACAGCAGGGGCAUCUUUGGGUAAUGGUGUUUCUUCAUUACCACUAUCAACAUUACUAACACUGGCAUACGUCUCCCUGUUUAUUGCCUGAAGAACCUGUAAACAAAAAUACAUUUGUGAGCAAAAUAAGGAUGCAUUGAAAACUAAAUAAAUUCAGAUUGGUAUGGCCCUUUUCGUUGAGCAGUUGCCACACUGAGGGUAGCAGUUGCGACGAUGACUGACAUACUGACCCGUCUUUUUCAAGAUUUCAAUGAAUGCGGAAUUUGCAUCACAAAACAUCCAUUUUUUUGCGGGAGUAGCAGUCAACAGCGCAUGCACUUGGAUGUUGUAGUUCCUACACUGGCCACCAGAUGGACCUGGUGAUGGUUUAACCCGUUACGGUGCUUAUGAAAGUUGAAUUGCUGCUAUCUCGACACAUUUUUAAGGUACGGGCGGGGACGAUCACCUACUCUUUUUCUUUUCUUUUUUUUGGCCUUAGUGUGUUCGAUGGGCAUCGUUAACAUGUGUAGUACUAAAAACAUGAGUGACCCAUCAAUAGAGUAUAUUUGAACAAUAUGCAAAUAAAAUAUUUAUUUCCAAAUGUUAGAUUGGAUUUUCUCACAUCCCUUUUCUUCAGUUAAUUAUGUCCUGUUGAGUGUCAUCUUGAUAUGUCAUCCAACAUUCAGAUGGGAUUCUGAAAAAAAGAAAAAGAAAAAAUAUUUUAUAUGGCUUGGAUAGAUCUGCUGUUGUUUAUUAAUGUAAACAUUUAGUUCUUUUUAUUACUAGAGAAUCCUUAUAGCAUACCAAGUUUCAGGUGUGGGGAAUCAAAACUUCAGAAGGAAAUAAACAGUAAAUUUCAGUUAAUUCAAUCAGAUCUCUAUGAUAAAACAGACUUGUGAAAUAUUCAAUGUUGACCUUUAAUUUUAAUUAUUAAGAAAUCAAAAAAUAAAAUACUAAGAGCAUCUUUUACGAUUAAACUUUGCCACGUGCCAGUGUCAUGGAAGAUAGAGAUGGGAUGAGGGUUACUAUUUUGUUGAUCAUCACAAAUAGUACCCACCGACACAUGUCUCAUAUCUCUGUCACUCACGUGGCACUGACAAAGUGUGGAACUCAAGUCUCAGUUCUGACUAAACCAACUACGUGCUUAUUAUCUCAUUGCCGUUGAAAGCACUGUGUGAUUUGUCAUCUUGCAGUACGAACAAUGUGGCUUGAAUGAUUUAGCAUCAGCGGAUAACUGACUACUGGCCAAGGAACUUGGCACUAUCAUUCACAGACCCAGCCCUACCAAUAGUUGUACCCACAUUACAUCUAGUAUUGCUACCGUUAUUCCAACUAGAACCAUCAUUGGGCUAUUUCUCGCUCCAGCCAGUGCCCCACGACUGGUAUUUCAAAGGCCGUGGUUUGUGCUAUCU